AAUAUGUCGUGCAAUAUAAAUUUUGUGACAAGUCGUGCUCUCUGACAGCAGAUAGAUUGUUUUGCGUAAAUUUAAAGGUACUGUGACCACUGGUAUGCUAAUGGUUAAAUUUCCCGUUGUGUGGCGAGUGGUUAUUAGUUGAAGCUCCACCCCGCCCCGUGACACGUUUCAAUCACUGACGGAUAUGUAAAUGACGUCGAGUGACGUCACACGCAGAAUGCGAGAAGGACCGAAAGAAUGGCUGCCCAGUGCCGUAGCUCCAAAUGCACGGCAGAGAGAAAAGGCUUUCGGCGGGAACUAGACUCGUGGCGGCACAAAUUGAUACGUUGUGUAGGUUUUGAAAGCAUAUUGGAGGGGAUCUAUGGUCCAAGACUGCUAAGGGAUAUUAGCAUAUUUGAUGACUGUGAACCAAAUGAAGUAAAUGACUGGUCCUUUGAUGAAAACUGUUCUUUCUGCAACCUACAAAUAGAGAAAAUUAAUGAUUAUAUCCCCCCACUUGGUUCAUUACAGUCAACUUCAGACGAAUCUCCAUCUCAGGGCCAGUCUAACACUGAGCAAAUUCAAUGCCAAGCAGACAAAUUUCUUCAUGCAAUCUUUCGAAAGAAAGACUUUCCUCAGAACUGUGAUCCAACUAUACCCCUUGUUGCUCAGGAAUUGAUGAAAAAGAUGAUCCGUCAAUUUGCUAUUGAAUAUGCUUCAAAAAGCCACCAAAUUCAGGACACAAGAAAUGGUUUGUGUGUACAUUUGGAUUCUGCUGCAAACAGCCUUCAACAACCUCAUGACCAAGAUGGACCAUUGGACCUCACUAUAAACAGAAAUCAAAUCAGUGCUGUUCAAGCUGAUGGAGUGCUUGAUCUGUCAAAGAAAACUAGUGCCACAUCCUCUCUCUCGACAUCAACUACAGCAGUAUCAGAUAGUAACUUUAUAUUGAGCUACAAGUUGCCAAUUGAAGUAGCUCCUGAGCCCCACUUGGAGAGUCCGGAUGAAAAGCUGGAAGUCCGAAGAACAGCUCUUGAAGUGAUUUUGGCAUCUUUGUGUCCAUUUCAUAAGCAUCUGCUUUACAGUAUAUUAUUAUUCAUGCAUGAGGAUUACAAUGUUUCUCACUAUUUGGAUUGCCACAGAUGCUUUUCAUGCCAAAACCUGCACUGUUACCACUUAGUUAAUCAGGUAAACAAUGACAGUUUCAAUUUCAAGGAGAGCAAAAUGACAGACAGAUGCUGCACUCAUUAUGGCAGACUGAAUCCACAUUCAAAGCCUCCCUUAUGUAUCUGUGAGAAGAAAAUGCAUUGCGUGUCAUGCCAGAACAAACCAAUAACAUGCAUCAACAGAGCAGCUGGUCACAGAGGCUGUGAUAUGUUUGACAAUCACAGAUGUCAUUGCUCUUGCCAGCAUUUUGAAGACACUGUGACCACCCCAUCCUUGGCAGUUAAUUUAAAUUGUUGUUGUAAAUCAGGGAGUUCAUUUAGUCUAUCUGUUGGAGGCAGUACCUUUAAUAGAGCUUGCAGCCCAUCACCACCUCCACUGUCACCUGUAGCAAAUGAAAGUUCUGAGAAAUCUGAUCAUGGUAUUACUUGUCCAAUUUUGGAGUAUGCUAGUGGAAUUAUAAAUAAUCAGCCUCCUUCCCUUUUGCCACAAGAGACUGAAGUCAGUGAGAAGAUCUUUCCCAAUAAAUAUGAAAAGAAAAGAAGAAAUUUAGAAAAGGACAUGCUUGAUCAUCAGCUUCAGACAUCAGAGAAUGACAGUAUUAAGUAUACACCAAACUCUGGUAACCAGUUAGAGCAAACAGAAAGUGGGGCUUUGAUUAAUGAUUUAAUGGAAAGGAUUAAUGAAAAGCUGAAAACAAUUGAACCUCUUGAAAAACAAUGUAAUUCAUCUUCUGUGUCUAUGGUAGAAUACCUUGAAGAGAAAAAUGAUAAACAUUUAGGAGAAAUUAUUACAUCCAUUUUGCACAAAAACAAUGGUAAUAAUGAUUAUAAUUUGGGAGAGUUGCUUAAUCAACAUGAGAAAAGUGUGGAAAAUAAAACUAUCCAAACACGUUUUCGUAGGAAGCAAGAAACUUUAUCUGCAAUGCAUCAACCUCCUGAUUCUCCUUCAUUGCGUCGCAAAACAUUACAGAUAAAAAGAGAAAUAGCUUGUCUUGAUCAGUCUUUCUUUGCAACAUCACUAGUAGAAAAGAAUGUGAAAAAAUGCAUCCAACCUGAACAUAAGUCUUUUCUUCCACACAGUAUUGAAGUUGCACCAGCAGUUGCAGAGUUCAAGAAUGAUUUUGAAGACCGUGAUGCCAAAUAUAUUAAAACACUUGAAAACAAACAAGUGCCAUCAAGCCAAAUACAGAAAGAUGACUUGUUCACAAAUCAUCACAACAGUUUAGCUGAAAAGACACAAGAGUUGCAUUCAGUGCAAAAGGUUGCUGAUGUCUUGAAACCUAAUGUUGAUCCAGAGCUUGGUGAACUUCUUGAUGUCCCCAAGAAAAGUCAAAAUUUGUAUGGAAGUGAAAGUGAAGAAAAAGACAAUGUGGUGAAUGCAUGCAGUCCUUCUAGAUUUGAGCAAUUUAAUAAUUCACACAGAACAAAGAGAAACAUUAUUCCCCCAGAGAGAUUUUCCAUGUAUGUUACGGAGCCCCGGAAGAUGUACUUUGCUGCUUGCUUCUCAGAAAGUAUUUUUAUGAAAAGCUCUGCAAAACCUAAAAAAAUAUGUAGAAAAGUCUUUGAAAGCCCUGCUUCAAGUCCACCAGUUAAUACAAACCCUGCAGACCCAAAGAUUCAGACUGAUAACCAUGAAAAUGAAAACAGAAGUCCUUACAGACUGACACAAGAACUAAUCUCCAAUAAUGUGCCUUUAUGUAACAAUCAAACAAACCCAGAAUCUCCUGAAGCCCCUAUCACAGAUAUAAGCAAUGAUACAAAAGACAGCAAAGAACUUUAUAGCCAAGACACUAAAAGGCAUAAUUCUCACAAAGUAAAGCAACUUACUAUUGAAGUUGUCACUGAUACAUCAGUAAUUUUAAGGUCACCUGAUAACAACAGUGAUGACGAUUCGUGUUACAGUGUUAACAGGGAUGAGUAUACAACCAGACGUAGAAAACCCGUUAGUCAGUCCGACCUGCGGCUUGUGUGUGAAGCAAGAGAAAAUACUGUUACAUCUUAUACUAGUCCGAUAAGACUAAUGUACCUGUCUAAAAUAAAUGAUAAAGAUGGAAUUAAAUACACAAUUACACCUUCAUUUUCAAACCCCAUAAUUAAUGAUAGCUGUGUUGUAAAUACUGAGAUCAAUAAUUCAUUACAAAACAAACAUCUUGAUAAAGAGCCAAAAUCCCCCAAAAGCACAGAGUCAAACAGCAGUGGUAAUAACAUUGAUAAAGAUAUUCAUGCAUGUAACACCAAAACUACUUCAUGGGACUUAGAUUGUGAUAGUUCAAAAUAUGAAAAUUCAGGAGAAUCUCAAUUAUGUAUGAAGGAGUCUCUUAAAAGAAGGCCUGGUCGACCGAAAAAAUUAGGUCCUCAAAUUGAAAAGCAAGUAAAAAGACCAAUUGGUAGACCCCCAAAGCGUAAAGCAGAUUGUUCUUAUAUUCCACCUACAAAAAAUGACACUUUAGACAAUAUGACCACUUCUGCAUGUCCAUCAGAUGGAAAGGAAGAAUGUACCAACAAAAACAUCAAAGUUACAGUGGUCUAUGGUAGAUCAAGAAGAAUUAAAAGGUUUGUAUGUGAAGGUUCUGAAUUUUUCAGGAAGGUUCAUCAUGAAAGACCAAGCAACACAGGUUUUCAUAGUGUUUUGCAUGAGGAGGAAACAGGGACUUUAGAUGCAAAUUUGAAAGAAAAUUCAAAUAAUGUUGCUAACAAGGAACCUGGAGACAAUCGAUUCGAGUUCAUAAGACCUGUAAAAGACAAAGAAUGUGCUCCUCCUCCAAAUAGCAACUCUAAGCAGUUGAACCAAAAAAUUACAGCAGCAAUGCGAAAGCCAGGUCGCCCAGCAAAGAUAAAAAUUUCAGGCAUUUCAGUAACUGUGAAUGCCAUAUCUCCUAAACAAAGAAAGGUUAGCCUUAGCAGUGAGCUACCAAAGCUAUGUGAUACAACAUCUAAUUUGGCUGAACAAAUUUUUCCUGUUAGCAAUGAGAAUACCAAUGAAGAUGAUAACAUUACAGUAUCUAAAAGCACAAAUGUGCAUCAACCAGAAAAUAAAUUAAACAAGGUAAAUAAACCACUGCUGCCAUUAAGACAUUCUGAUAGAAUACGAAAACCUUCAAUACACUUUCUGCACUCCGUUGCAUCUUGUAGUAUGUUUACACAUAGAAGUGCAUUGAAACAAAAAACUCAAAAGCUCUCUUUUGAUAGUAGUAAGAAUAAUAUUGACAGGGUGGAAGUAACAAACCUUACAAAUAACAGAAAAUGUUCUGAAAGUAAUACAAGAAGCGUUGAAAGAAAUUUUACUGAACAUAAAGAAAGUGUCAAAAAAAAUCUGACUGAAAAUGCUGAUGUGAAUUCUAAAUAUGAAUUUUGUGCUGAAUCAAUUUUUUCAACUAAAGAAGUUCUCAAAUGGUGGCCUACCUCAGCUUCAAAUGAUACACUGCAAGAGGAGCUAAAUCAGCGGUUUGAGCAAAUAUCGAAUAGCUGGCUCUCCACCGGUGCACAAAAGCGGCAAAAUGAACGUGUGUCACAGGUAAAGUCAAAACCAGAACUGGACGGCAACCCAAAAUCUGUAGUCAGGAUGCUUUUUCGGAAACACUGUGAUGUGGAUAAACUUUGUGUGUGGUUCAUGCAAAGUACAGAAACCCAGACUUUGUCAAUUGUAAGAAAGGCAAAUGCUCGAAAUCCCUUGGAAAUUUUGCAUUAUCCUGGGAAACGGACAAUAGACCAAGCAGACAUUGUUAGAAAUUCUCAGACUGACCGCAUAAGAAAGCAUGUUAAAAAAUUUGCAGUGGCUUCCCCUUUAAGUCCUCCAGCUCACUUUCAGAAUCAAGAGAAGGUGGAUUAUGCUAGAAACUUGAAAGUGAAGAAGCAACUGUAUUCUUGUUUGGAUUCUGUGGCGUUGUUAACUUUAGGUGAUAGAAAACUAAGGCAUAGAAAGCAUGACAUAUGUAAAGCUGUAGAUGAUCAUUGGAAGAGGAAAAACAAAAUUUCAUAUAAAACAAGACUCUUGAAUGGGCUCAACAGAGAACAUUUAAGCAAUGUACCUGUAAUAUUGAAAAGUCCAAAUACCAAUAUUUGUGAAAGAAAUCUGCAUUUUGUUCGCACAAAGUUUUCAGAGGAAACUCAAAGCCAUUCAUUUGGUAUGUUGUCCCAUGAUGGAGAAAAGAAAAAUCCUGAUCUACACCUAGACCAAAAUUUUGCCAAAGAGCUUUUGGAAUCUGAAGAGAAAAUGCUCUGUAAAAAAUGGAGUCCAGAAACCUUGAAAGAAUGCCGGGUAUUCCUUACAAAACUAAGUCCACUGGAAGGUACAGAUCAUGCUUUAAAUCUUGGCAUACAAUAUAAAACUACUAUUUUGUGUAAAAGUAGCAAAGAUGAAUCCACACAGCCAAAGUGCACAAUUGAUGAACACAGUUUUUGCACUGUGAAACUCUAUGAUGUUUUGUCAAGAAGUACCAAUGUGUUGUCCAGUACUACAUUGAUGGAUAAGAAAAGAUUUAAGAAACAGAGUGAAUGCAGGCUUAAUGUUGCUUCUCAUGGAACACGGCAUUCUCCCAGGUUAAAACCAGAGACCCUUAUAGCCAAUACUGUGAAAGAUGUCUAUGAGGAUACAAAUGGAAUCACCCAAAGCAGAAAAACCUCUGUGAUGACACGAAAAAGAUCAAGGCUUGCCACAUGUCUGAACAAAACUGCAAAAAAGAGAAGACAAUCUUUCACAAGCAGCCCAUCAGGGAGGAACUAUUCUCAUUUUGUUCUAGGACCUUUAAAUGUGAAGCAACAACCCUACUUCCAAAGAAGUGGAAAUACUGCUGAGAUGAUGUGGUCUCUCGCUCCACUUAAAAAGCAAUCUUCAGAGUGAUCGUUUGGAUGCAGGUUUAGAAAUGAAAAAAUCCAGCAUAACUGGAUAGUUCAUCGUUUGAGAUGGAGCAAAAACAGCACGUGAAAACUUUAAAUGUGCCUUAAAAGUCUUUUAACAAAAAGAGAGCGGGAGUAGCAGGAUCUCAGCAACUGUACUUU